AUGUUUAAAUCUAUCUAUCUAUCUAUCUAUCUAUCUAUCUAUCUAUCUAUCUAUCCCAUUUUCUUGUCCGUCUUUCUAUCUUUCUUUCUCCGUGUGGUUCAUUCCAAUUUUGCCUUUCUAUUUCUUGAUCUUUUUAUCUUUCUUGUUCUUGUUAUCUCGUUCUUCGUUUCUUGUUCUUCUUUUCUCGUUCCUAUUUUUCUUUCUUUUUUCCUGUUCUCACGUUCUUUUUCUUUCUUUUUUCUUGUUCUCACGUUCUUUUUCUUUCUUUUUUCUUGUUCUCAUGUUCUUUUUCUUUCUUUUUGUCUUGUUCUUGAUCAUUCGUUUUUUGUUCUUUCUUGUUCUUGUUCUAUCUAUCUAUCUAUCUAUCUAUCUAUCUAUCUAUCUAUCUAUCUAUCUCGUUCUUGUUAUCUCGUUCUUUCUUUCUUGUUCUUUUUGUAUGUUUCUUUCUUUCUUUCUUUCUUUCUUUCUUUCUUUCUUUUCAAACUAUUAAGUUUUCCCCUAUCCUCUUACUUUUAUUGCCACUUUCUUUCUUUCUUUUUUUUUUCUUUCUUUCUUUCUUUCUUUCUUUCUUUCUUUCUUUCUUUCUAA